AUGGCCGUGCCGAGCUGGCUGGAGAGGCUGCGGGCUGCCAGCAAGACAGCGCUGGUCCAGGACGGGAUACGGAAGAUCCACUACCUGUUCGAGGAUGGGAAGGAGAUGGCUGAAGAGUACGAUGUGAAGACCGGUGUGUUAGUGAGUAGAAAAUGGCGAGAGAAGAACACUCUUGGGGGCUCUGGCAAGUGGCAGGUUGAAGUGGGAGAGCCAAUCUCACCGCUCCUGGGAGCACUGGAAUCAGAGCUCAUAAAGGAAAGCAGCUCCAAUCCUGUCUUCAUGAGGAAGGAUACCCUGAGCAGCUUCCAGUGGCGGAUCCGUAACCUGCCCUACCCCAAGGAGGUCUACAGCGUCUCUGUCGAGCAGGAGCAGCGCUGCUGUGUCAUCCGGACCACCAACAAGAAGUACUACAAAAAGUUCUCUAUUCCUGACCUGGAUCGCUACCAGCUCCCCUUGGACGCAGCUGCUCUCAGCUUCACCCAUGCCAACAACACCCUGAUCAUCACGUACCAGAAACCAAAGGAGAUCCUGGCUGCAGAAGAGCAGCUGCAGAAGGAGCUGAAGAAGAUAAAGGUAGCUAACAGUGGGGAUGGCGACUGCAAGACCCAGUAGGCAGUAGCUGCCAAGAGGCUGAGG